GAAGUUGAGGCUCCGCCAGGGGAAGCAGCUGAUUGGUUGACCUUUCUUGGGGAGGUCAGGGGUCGAAGGCCAUGGCGGGCCGACUCCUCCUCUUCCUGUUCAUCUCGGUGACGCUCUGCCACGCCCACUUCCCAUCUGGCCAGCGUCUGAAGCCCCGCCUCCAGAGAGACCGCCGCAACAUCCGGCCGAACAUCAUCCUCAUCCUGACCGACGACCAGGACCAGGAGCUGGGUUCGAUGCAGGCGAUGAAUAAGACUCGUCGUAUCAUGGAGGAGGGCGGGACUUCCUUCUCCAACGCGUUUGUGACCACGCCCAUGUGCUGUCCGUCACGUUCGAGCAUGCUCACUGGGAAGUAA